AUGCCUAAGAAUAAGGGAAAGGGUGGUAAAAACAGGCGUCGUGGAAAGAACGAAAACGACAACGAGAAACGUGAGCUCAUUUUCAAGGAAGAUGGACAAGAGUACGCCCAGGUUGUGAAGAUGCUGGGUAACGGCCGCCUGGAGGCUCAGUGCUUCGAUGGCGAAAAGCGUCUGGCACACAUCCGAGGAAAGUUGAGAAAAAAGGUGUGGAUCAACCAAGGUGAUAUCAUCCUGCUUUCAUUGCGCGACUACCAAGACGAGAAAGGCGAUGUCAUCAUGAAAUACAGCGCCGACGAGGCUCGCAGUCUUAAAGCCUAUGGCGAGUUGCCAGAGACUGCCAAGAUCAACGAGACCGACACCUACGGUCACGAAGGCUUCGAGGACAACGUCGAGUUCGACGAGGACCGUGAUAGCAGCGAUGACAAGGAGAUCGAUGUCGAUGAAAUCUAA